AUGGAGGACGGUAGCAUCGUGGCUAGCGGCGCAAGAGAGGAGGACCCCAUCAUUAUAGACGACGAUGACGACAUUGACGACAUUGGCGACGACAUUAACGACGGCAUGGACGAUCGCAUCGACGAUGUUGGCGACAGAUUUGAUGCGAAUCCGUCGCACGCCUUUCAAUCCGCAGGUCCUCACGGGUCUGCGGCGUUCAGUGCGAGGCCGUCGGAUCAGGCGGUCAAAUGGGUGGAGAAGGAGGAGCCUGUUACAGUCACAGUCCAGGAGGAUUUUCACGUGGAUUACUGCCUCAAGUGCAUCGGCCAUGGCGUCCUCAUGUGCUGUGACGGGCCUGCGUGCUCCAAGGCAUGCCACGUGGAGUGUGCGGAGCCCAAGCUCUCCCACGCCCCCAAGGGGGCCUGGUACUGCCCUGACUGCCUCGAACGCCUCCGCACCUCCCGCCGCCCCUUCCCCUAUCCCCCCCUCUCCACUACAACCCCUACUGGCUGUGCUUAUACUCCUGGAAGGGAAGGGUUGGCUGGAGAUUUCGGUGGUGGGGGUGGUGUGGCGAGUUUGGAGGACGAGGAUUGGGAUGCGGCCAGGGGGGUUAAUGAAGCGAACGGUGUGGGUGCCUCCGCUGCUGCUGCAGCUGCUGCUGCUCCUCCUGCUCAUAGCAGCCGCAGUGGCGGUGCUGGCAAGGCGGGGGGAGGAGGUGGCAAUCUUACAGCAGUUCGUGGUGGGAGUUCUAAGGCCUCUGGUGCUAGUAACAGGGCGUCUAAUGGCGAGGAUUUGAUGAAGUGGUUUGCUCUAGGCGAGGUGGUUGUGGAAUCUGUGUGGCUGGACCGGGAGAAGGGGGAGGGGGGCGGUGGGGAGAUGGGGAUGGGGAUGAGGAUGGGAGGAGGCGGGAUGGGCGAGGGGAGUCUGGCUUGGCAGCACGAUGAGGAGAUGAGGAAAAUGAAGGCGGUGGGGGGAGAGGGAGAGGUGCGAGGGAGGAGGGGGGGGAAAGCAGUGGGGAAGGCAGGGGCGAGAGCAGGCAGCAAGGGGAAAAGGGGAGGGAGGUUGGCGCAGGGGCAUGGAGGCAGGCGAAUGGGGGGUAAAGGGUUGGUAUUGGAAGAAGGUGGGGUGGGGGCAAGACAGGACGAGGGGAUGGGUGGGGAUGGGUUGAAUGUGGCGCAUGGAGGGGGGGUGGAAGCUCUUGGCUGUUCUGUCAGGGAUGCAGGGGCACAGACUCAUGCGGCUGUAGCAGGGGCGUGUGUGGGGCCCAGUGGGGCGGGUGCGGAGGCAGGGCGUGGCAGGGGGAGGGAGUAUCUGGUGAAGUGGUUGAAGCGGCCUCAUGUGCACAACGAGUGGGUGGAUGGCGAGUGGCUGCACUCGCGGUUCCCGGGCCACCUGGCGGCGUAUGAGACGCUCAAGGCGGAGGGCGAGCUGCCUGUGUACCACAGCGAGUGGGCGGAGCCGGAGCGGCUGCUGGGGCGGUUCAAGGUGGAGGGGCUGGCGCAUGGCAAGGGUGGCAGCAAGGGGCGCGGCAAAGGCCGGCUGAGACGCGUGGCAGACGAGUAUCAGUGGCUGCUGAAGUGGAGGGGCGUGGGGUACGAGCAUCUGACAUGGGAGCCCUGCAACAUGCCCUUCCUCUCCACGCCAUGUGGAAUGGUGCUGCAGGCGACGCACGAGAGGGAGAGGGAGGGGUGUGAGCGCAGAGCCACAGAACAGGCCAGGCUGGAGGUACGUAUGUGUGUGUGUUCCUACCUAGCAAGUCCUUCCAUGAGCCUCCCUCUGCUCACAUCCUCCCUAUGUGCCUGCUCGCUGCUAUCAUCACCCCCCCGAUCGCAACAUCACUCAUGUUCCUCGCAGGCAAGAGCCAGACGCGCUGCUCCAUUCGCAUUAUCACAGCAUCACCAUCCACACGCCAGUGCACCCAUUCACCUUCUGAACCACGGCCGGCACGUAGAGUCUGUGCACCUCACGUGGUUCCAGGUGGCGGCCCUGGAUUGGCUGAGAGCCCUAUGGCAGUGCGAUGGGGCCGCACUUGACCGCGCGUUGAACGCUGUGUGGGAGUCCGUGGGGGAGAGCAGGCGCGGGCUGGGCUGUGACGUGCGAGCUGCUGGCGCCUGGCCUGCAGGUGGUGAUGCCGGGGCGGGAGCGGAGGCGGAGGGGUUAGAGGGAGAUAGAGGGGUGGACGAUGAGGUGGGAAGGCGUGCACUGCUGUGCAUGGACCCUGGCAUGGGCAGCUCCCGUGUGCUCGUGGCGCUCUGCCGCACCCUCAUCACUCAGUUCAAGUGCGUGCGCCCCAUCCUCAUCAUCUCCCCCUCUCCCUGCCACGCCGCCCGCUGGCAUCGUGGUCCAGCCGCAAGUGGUUGUCACCACAGCAGCGAUAUUCGUGCAUGUAAGCUGCUCCCCGCUGCAGGCGAGGUGAUUCAUGAGUCCACUCGAACAUGCCCUGCUGCUUCCCCCCCCCUCCCCCCCAACCUGUUCUCCCCCUCCUCCACCCUGCCUGCCCUUGCCGUGUCUGCUAGCCCGUCCGUUCCAACUUAA